AAGUGGGAAUAAAUAAUAGUUUUAACUUUAUUCUGACAUGUUAUCAUUAAUGAAAUCGUGAGAAACUCGUGAAAAAAAAAUAAUAUGAAUGUUAUCAGUGUUAUCACUUUUUGUUAUUUAUUUAUUUUAAUUUAGAUAGGUAUUUUUAUUUUCAUUAUAUUUUAGCAAAAUAUUAUAGUAUUUGGUUUAAGGUUUUAUUCCAUUGUCAAAAAUAUAUUUAGAAACAAUUAUUUUGAAUUUGAUGCUCGUUACAAUUCGUACAAAAUAUUUUUUGAACAAUGAGCUCAAAUAUCAUCGUUGAGAAUUUGGUUGACAAAUCAAGGUGAGAAUUUUUGUAAAUGUUAUAUUGGAAUAAUUCGGGCUUUUUAAAAAAAAUGUAUUGUACUUAUUAACGUUUAAUGAAACAAUAUAAUCUUUGAUAUUUUCCUCAUUGCAACUAUUGGUUAUGCUUAUUAUGUUUUAUAAUUUCUGUAUAUUGAACAAUUUACUAUGGUGUGAAAAUGUGAUUCAAUGAAUAGGUUUUUGUUCAUACAAUGAAAAUAAUGUAUUCCAUGUUAAACUUUGGGUAUUGUUUAUUAAACUGUAAUAGGUACCCAAUUAAAUUCAAUUAACUAAUUAAAAUUAAAAACAAUUUAAUCAUUACAGAUUUCCAAACACUGUAAAUGAAACACUUGGAAUAAUUGUUUAUUUUCCAUUUGGAGUUAUUUUAGCUUUCUUAAGAGUUUUUAUUGGACUUAAUGCAAUAGUGUUGACAUUAAUUUUAAGUCAUUAUCCAAAUGUGCGUAGGUAAGUAUCAUAUAAUAUUAAUUUAGUUCAUACAUUUAAGUGAUAACUAAUAUACAUAUUUUUUUGUGUUAAUAGAUCAUUGUUAAGAAUUAUGCUGGGUAUUCUUGGAUUAUUAGUAGUUAAAAAAAAAAAUUCUGCAUCAAAAAACAGCAAAGUGUUGGUUUCUAACUAUUUGUCAAUAUUUGAUCAUAUUGCAAUAUAUUUGGCAACAGGAACUUUUACAGUAUGUGUGUCAUAUUUAGUUACUAUAAGAAGUUUGAUUUGUAUAAAAUAAAAUUUUAAAAAAUAAUUUCAGCCCACUAAAAGGGUAAAAGAUCCUUUAGCUCUGUUUUUUGGGUUAGUGUCUUUGAUACCCUAUAAUAAUACUGCUACAGAAAAUGCUGUGUUGAAAAGAUUUAUAUCAAAUGAAAAUGAUGAAAAUUCGUUAGUUUUAUUUCCAGAAGGAGCCCCUACUAAUGGAAAAUGUGCUUUACUUAGGUAAAUAAUAAAAUAUAAAUAUUCUUUUUUUACUUAAAUAACAUACUUAAUACAAAUUUUGAUUCAAAAUAUUAGAUUUUCAACAUUACCAGCUAAUAUAUCCAACAAUUUACAACCAGUAGUUGUAACAAUAAAACGACCACCAUUUGCUAAUGUUAAUUUAUCAGUGCUUGGGUCAAAAACAAUUUUUGAAAUACUUUGGUUCUUGUUUGUUCCGUUUACUAUAUUUGAGUACAAGUAAGUGUGUAAUCAAAUUAAUCAGUAAUAUAUAAUAAGUAGGACAUGUGUACCAGGUGAUCCAUGUAAGUGAUUAUUAUUCACUCAUUAUCUCAGAAAGUAUUAACUUUUUUUAGAAUUUGUUUUGUAGAAUAAGAAACAAGCUGCUUUACAAUUAUAUAUAUAUAUGUAUGUUAUAUUUUGUCACCCUUAAUUUUAGGGGUAAAACUACUACCUACUUUUGAUUUUCAAAUGCCAACCUAUAUUAAAAUGUCCAUAAAUAAAUGGAGUAUUAGUUAAAAUAAAUUUUAGUGUUGACGUUUUUUAUUUCUAUCAAGCCGUUGAUGAGAUAUUUCUCUUUUAAGUUUUGGUUGGAGGAGAGUUGUAGUGGUGUAUUAUUAACGCGCUGUACCGCCACACAACUGAUACUCCUUUAUUCUCCUCCAACCCAAACUUAAAAGUGGAAUAUCUCGUUAACGGAUCAAGAGAAAUUAAAAAUGUUCAACACUCAAAUUUAUUUUAACUAAUAUUCCAUCUAUUUAUACAAUUUUUAAUAUAUUUUUAGUAUAAAAUAUUUAUUUUUAAUAUUUUUAAUAUAUAUUUAAAAAUCAAAAGUAUGUAGUGGUCCAUUAUGGACUAUCCAUUAAUAUUAUCCAUGAGUAGAUCAAAUUAAAAAAUUGGUAUGCAUUAUUUUAUUCAUUUCAGACUUCUUAAUGUAAUAGAAAGAUCUGAAGAUGAGACUGAUGAAAGUCUGAUGUCCAGGGUUGAAGUAGCUAUUUCACAAGAACUCAACAUAUCUACUUCAAAUAUUACUAAAAAUGAUAAAGUAUUGUCAAAAUGUUAAUAUUGAAUAAACUAUUUUCUAAUAAAUGUUUACAUUCAUUUUAGAAAGAAUAUGAAAAAAAGUAUUUCUUAGAAUUGGCUGAAAAUGCUGGGAAACAUGUUGACAAUUUUGAAGAAGAUCCAGAAACAUUAAGAAUGGCUGCACAAGUUUCUGACGUUCUUCCAUAUGUUCCUCGUAAUGUUAUUGUUGCAAACUUAAGUGAGUUUACCUUUAAAUUAUUCAACCAAAAAGAAGAUUUGAUACUGGGGACAGAUGUGCCACUGUUGUAGGUGGGAAGUUGGGAAGAUAAGAUCCAUAAAGUUAUUUAAGUAUCUUAUCUUCAUUAUUUAAGUUAUUUAAUUUAUAUCUAUAAGCAAUGAUAAACCAUUGCUAUCAAAAAACUAUUCAGAGCAGAUUUUUUGCAAGGCCAUAUUUAUGAUUUUUGUAAAAAUUUUAUUCUAAUCCUUAUUAAAAAAUAAAAUUCCAAAAUCACCAUACAACUUUUUUUUUUUAAUAAGCUUUUUGAAUUCAAAUUUAAACAAAGGUCACAAAAAAAAAAUGAAGGCACUCUAAAUUAUGUAUUAACAAACUGCGGUCAGAAUCAUCUUACGUCAAGUAAUGGUUUAUCGUUGCAUACAGAUAUAAAUCAAAUAACCUUAUAUAUCCUACCAUCCCAACUCCUCACCUACAAUAGUGAUCUCUCCCAUCCCCAGUAUCAGCUUUUUUAAAUUUAUUUAUUAUUAUAUUAAACAAAGUUUAACUUACAAAGUAUUAAAUAAAAUAUUUAAUACCUAUUAUAUUAUUAAUGAAUAAAAAAUAAUUUAACUAUAAAUUAUAUUUUUUAAUAUUCUUUGUAUACAAGCUUCUCGCGUCCGGUGUUGCCUAUGCCAAUUUGUAUUGUUAUUAUUUUACCCAUAUUCAUUUUUAGUUUUGGCUAUGUUGGAAUUGAAUGAAAACAAAUAGGUAGAAAGUGGGUAGUCCACCAAAUUUCUGAUAUUUUCAAUUUCUAAUCAUUUUUAAUAACACCUUAUUGUGAAAAUAGUUACAUUUUGAACAUCAGUAGAUAAUUGUUUGUAAGUUGUGAUACCAUAUCAUGUACUCUGAUAGUCUGUUGAAUAUAUUUUGUUUGCCUCAUCCUUUCUUCAGAAAUUAAAAUGUCUAUUUCUAAGAAACUAUUCAGAUAUGUAUAUGUAUUUGAUUAAAUAUUUUAGAAUAUAUUUAUUAAGAGUUGGCUAUUUUGGUAAUUUUUAAAGUGAUAAUAUAAAUUAAAUUUUUUUCUUAAUAUUUGUCCUCCUAAAAGAAACUGAUUGAAAAACAAAAUUGAAUUAUAACAGAAAUAAAAAAAAAAUUGUAGAAUACUGUAAUUAUGUUAUUGUAAAUUAACUAUAAAUUAUAAACAAGUAUUGGAUUAUGAUAUAUUAUUUUUAUUUUUUAGGACGAACAAGAAGUGUUGAUAUAACAAUUACAAAUAUACUCGAUGGCACUGUUAAGUAUACUCCAUUACCAAAGUCUUCCAAAGAGUCAAAGACUAUAGUAAGUUAUACAAUAUACUGAAUUAUGUUAGGUUACAGUGUGUCUUGGAUAUUGAAAAUUAUAUUUCUAAAUGUUAUAAAUAGCAUUUAAUUAAAACCAAUUUUCACUAAAUUUUUUAACUCAUUUAUUCUGUGGGUUUCGGUUACAUAUUAAGUCCAAAGCACUACAGAAAAUCUUUCUCUAUUCGACAGAAAAAUAUAACAUUUUUUUUGAAAAAAAUAAAGGAUUAUUAUAUAGCAGUGGGUGAAUAGUUUCUUUUCUUGGCCAAAGAUCUUAUUUAUUGUCUGUCUGUUUACCAGUGAAGUACCAAGUUUUUUUUUCAAGGGAGGGUAAUGUGCAUCUAUUUAUUAUAAUUCAACCCUUAAUCUUAGACUGAAAAUAUCUUUAUUCUAAAACCAUCAUUAUAUGUUAUAAAGAAGUUUGCAAAAAUUAUAUAUUAAUCUGUAAAAGUAAAAGAUACCAAAAGAAUAAAUAUUAUAAAAGUAGAGAUAACUGGGAUUGUCAAUUUUUUUUUAGUAUAAAUCUAAAUUUUAAUUUUAAUACUUACACAAAACAAAAUAAGUAUAUGCGUUGUUAUACAAUUUUAACUGAUUUAUUAAUCAUUUUAAAUUCACUUUAUAGCAUUUUUUUUUUUUUUUUUGAAAACUUAAUAUGUGUUAAUGUUAAAUUAACUCUGUUAAAUGUAAAUUAAUAGUUUAUUGAACUUAAAAAAUAAAAUUCACUGUAAAACUUCAGUGACCAAAAUUUUAAAAACAAUUAAAAUAAAACUCAACUAUUUAAAACAUAUUUAAUCACAUAAAUAUAUUGUAUGGUCCAUAGAAUCAACCAUUACAAAUAAAUUGUUAUCAUUAUCUAAAUAAUGAAAUAAGUUUCAAAUUUUAAAUAGAGGCUGCAACCACCUCCUCCCUAGUUAUGUCACUACUGUUUGAAAAAAUACAUUUGUUUUAAAAUACAAAUUUUUACAUGGAAUUUUGCAGACCAAAAACACAGCACCCAACAAUUUUGGAGUAGGUUCAUUCAUGGAAAGAAAAACAAAAUUGAUUGACGAAGCACGUCAACGGUACAUUAAAAAACACGGACUCCAUCACUUAGUUCACUGAUUUACAUUCGUGUAGGUAUUUGGUCAGCAGAAAAGGAUAGUAACAUACUUCAAUAUUAUCACAAUUCAUGAACAUUUCCCAGGCUAACACUCUUUAAUAAUGAUAAAACUAUUUUUCUUGUAAUAUACAGAAAUGGAGCAGGUACUUACUGGAUAUUAUAAAACACAUUUACAGGUUAAUAAACUCUUAUUAAUUUUGGCAAUUUGUAUGUCAAUUGUAUUUAUUAUUACUGAUUCAUUAUUUUUUAGUUUACUGAUAUUCAUUUUUUAAUUUUAUUCUUUCUAAGUGUGUGAAUUGUUAAUAUAUUGUAUAAAUAGAACACUUACAUGGAUCAAGUAGCGUUGUUAUGCCAUGUGUUUAUAUACAUAUAUAUCUAAUAAUAUUAAAAUAGUUAUAAGACUAGUAUUAAGUUAUUUUAAAAUUACGUAAAAAACAUUAUUUUUUAUUACAUAUCUGUAUAUCAUAUAUUACGCAUGUCUGUAAAAAAGAAACAAUAAAAAUUCAAUUCUAAAUUUUAUUAGUUUGUCUGUACAGAAGAGGAGUUAGCCUAAUUCAAUUGUGUUAAAAAAAAAAAGUAACACAAAAUAAUACUGAAAACUAACAAUAUAUAUUAUUAUUAUUUACUAUAACUAUAUACAUUGUAAUAUUUUAAGUACUAUAUAAUACAAUAUUUAUUUUGUUUUUAUUGCUUUGAAUACAAAUAUUUUUAAUAAUUAAUUUUGAUAUUUUAUUUGUUUUCUUGUGUAAAUAAUAAAGUUUUUUCACUCAAAUGGUUAAUACUAAAUAUUUCAGCGGGAUAGACUGGAUUGAAAAGAAGUUACAUUUAAAAUAUCAGGAAUAUCUAAAUACACCUUCUAAAAUUAGUUCAAAAUAUGUAUUUCACUACCCCAAUAUUACUAAAACAAAAAUUUCAACUAAAAUCUAUCUGGUUGAAAAAUUGUGUGUACCAAUUUGAGUGAAACACACUGUUUAUAACAUGCAGAAAUCUAAAAUAUAAAUAACUAUAAGGCUUAGCAGCUGAAAAACAUGUUAUUAUCAAUUAAUAAUUAUUUUGACAAAAUACAUUAUUGUUUUUAAGGCAUUCUUUAACAAUAAAAAGCUAAAAUGUAAUGCCUGUGAUUAUCAAUAUAAUAAUAAGUUAGUAAUAUUAUUUAAUGAAAAAGCUCUUCGUAAAGGGUUUGAAAUUUAUUUCGCCCAUAGGAACAAACUCAAAUUAUUUUUAAUAAUUAUUUUGAAACCAAAUAUAAGAAUAAAUAAGUAUUUUGUAUUAAAACUGAUUAUCGUUUAAAUAGUUUAAUAAAUUCAUUCUUCUAUGACAAUUUUUUCCAAACUUAAAUAAUAAUAAUAAAAAUAUGAUUUUUGUCAGGUUGUUAAUACACCGUUAACAAAAGUAAAAUAUUGCAAAUAAAAAAAAACGCCACAUAACUUUAAUAGAGUAUAGUAUGCCACCUCUUUCUAGCCAAUGGAUUAUAUAGCAAAAGUGUGUUUGUAUUACCAAUAGUACUCAAAGUCUAAUAGACCAAAAGCAAAAAUUAUUUCAUCAAAUUGAAGAUUUGCUCUACAUUUACUUUACAGUGAUUUUUUUUUAUCGUAAACAAGAAAUUUUCUAGUUGAAUUUUAAAUGAAGUUAAUUUGUUUUUUUUUUUUUAAAAAUAUUAUGGAAUACAUUUAGCUUUAUUUUAAAAUCAUUUCAAAUUUUUUAUCUCUAUUGCAUAUACCUUAUAAAAGUAUAUAUAAGAGCAGCUUGUUUCUUGUUAUAGAAACAAAUUCUGAAAAUAGUUUAUACUUUCCAAGAUAACCUGGUAUAUCAAAAUGUCUAGAAAAAUAUUUAUUUAAACCAGUGUUCAAAAAUAUUAUUUUAAAAUAAAGUUUAACCAAUUCGAUUAUGAUUAAAAAAAACUAAAGUCAAAUUCACUUAAAAUUCUCAGAGAAAAUUUCUGGUUCAUGAUAAGAAAAAUUACUUCGUAUAAUCAAUUGGGGAUUUGUUGACAUUUUUUUCCAAGAUAACUUAAUCAUACUACAAACUAUUAUUAAUAACUUUUAUCUUAGUAGAAAUGUAUAAUAAUAAAUAAAUAUCCCAAAAUUGAAUUUUUAAAAUAUAAUAAUUUAGGUCUAUUUGAUUCAGAGUACUAUUGAAAGUAAGAAAACAUUUUUGAUAUAUUGUGUUUUAGAGGCAGUAAAUGUUACAGUGUUACAAGUGAUACCCUUUUAAGAUAACGCUACACAAACAUUUAGCACUUAAUUUUUUAAACAAAAAAUACAAUAAUAAUAUUUCUUCUGUAUAUCCUUUACAGUAGUUUUAGGCUAAAAAUUAAAUUCAUAAUUUUCCGAGUUUUAUUAAUUUUUCAAACUGCAGUUAAUGAUUAUGUACUAAAAAAAAAAAUAAGUCUAUAAAAUUUAGACAAAUUUGGUGCUAAUGUAUUCUCACAAUAUUAAGCUUGAAAUUAAAAAUCACAUAUAAAAAUGGUCCUGACAAAAAUAUUAAAAUAUGUUGUAAAUAUUUUAUUGCAAUAUCUAAAUUUAAAAAUAAAAAGAUAAAAAUAUAUUAUUUGUAUUUACUAUACAAAUUUUAGUGGAUAAGUAGGAAAAAAAGAAACGCUUAGUAGUGUGCACAACAGUCAUUAAAUAUACUUCAUGAAUAAAAUCAUUGAUAUGUCUAGUAGACAAAGUAUGACUUGACAUGCUUUGUAAUAUUUUAAUUUUACUAUUGGUACAGGGAAAAAAAACAAUUUUUUUUUUUAAAUUAUGAACAAUUUAAUUAAUUGUAAAGAAAAAUAUAAUAUCUAAAGUCAAUAAAUGUUAUAUUCUUGGUUGAUACCAAACAAUUCGACCAGCAAUACAACCUGAUACAAGCAAAGGAUGGAUAGGUGAAAAUUUGGUACAAAGUACAAUGUUUGCAUGAGAUACAUUUGUACCAAUCUCAUUGAGUUUGAUACCUGGCACUUUUGGAUGCAAAGUAGACAGUUCAUCACAAUUAGGAGAAAAUGACAACAGCCUAAUCCCAUGACUGAAAGGAGAGCAGAUUAUACGCCCAUCAUUGGAAUAACACAGUUCUUUGAUAAACCCUCUACCGACAUUUGCUUCUUCUAUAAAAUGUGUUAGGCGAUUAAAGUUUCUGUGUAUUUUAUGAUCUGGGGGUACUUGAUAUCUGUUCAUACAGUUGAGAACAUAGUUGUUUCGCCGUGGUCGGUUAUCAAUAAAUACCACGGCAUCCGCUACAUUUCCUACUUCAACGUUACUACGUCUAUUUGGUCUAGCGCUUUCACCUCUAUUAUUUCCCAUGAUAUAAUUACGCAUUCUCAAAUCAGGUGGGCCAGUACGGUUAAUUAAUACUGUUACUAAUCGUUCAGCCCGUCCAUCUGGUGAUGGCUGACGUCCAUCCACUAUCACUUCAUUCACUUCAUCUAUAUCCUCUUGUUCUUGUAAUCCAGUGGCACUGCGUACAAUUCGUACACCAGAAUAUGUACCUAAUACUCGCUCCCGUCCUUCUACAAAAAAAAAAAAAAUUAUAAAGUAUUAAUUUUUACAUAG